AAAAAAAAACCAGAUGUGAACCGUAUUUCAUUGUAUUGGAUUAUUUUCAAUAACGAUUUGAUUUUUCUCAUCACUGUUGCAAUGUUUAAAAACGGACAUCACAGCGUGCCCUGAUUAUGCAUAUAUUUAUAUUACAGUUAUAUCGAUAUUUGAAGAAACAAUUAAAUCGAUAUCUUGAUUUUAUAAUCGCUGUCCACUUCACUACAACAAAACUUGUCAAAUUUGUCAUUGUCAAAAGUUCUUUCUUUUCUUUCGUAACUGUCAAACAAACAGGAAACAUGGCAGAGGUUGAGGAAAUCAAGAAAAAGCGUACUUUCAGGAAGUUUACCUUCCGAGGAGUUGAUCUUGAUCAGCUUCUUGAUAUGCCCAAUGAACAACUUAUGGAGCUCAUGCAUGCUCGUGCUCGUCGGCGGUUUGCCCGUGGGUUGAAGAGGAAGCCCAUGGCUUUAGUGAAGAAGUUGCGUCGCGCAAAGCAGGAAGCUCCUCCAAAUGAGAAGCCAGAAAUUGUCAAAACCCAUCUUCGCAACAUGAUCAUUGUACCAGAAAUGGUUGGCUCCAUUGUGGGCAUUUACAAUGGCAAGACAUUUAACCAGGUUGAAAUCAAGCCUGAGAUGAUUGGCCACUACCUUGGAGAGUUCUCCGUGACGUACAAGCCUGUCAAACACGGUAGACCCGGUAUCGGUGCUACCCACAGCUCCAGAUUCAUUCCACUGAAGUAGAUGGAGACCGAAGCCACCUUAGGUUAAGUGUAAAAAAAAUAACACAGUUACUCAAUAAAGUAUUAUGUGUUAACAAAAUA